AUGGGUCGAUGGAUCAGAUUUCACCCGAGGUCAAGCUUCGACAUGCAGAUUCAAAUGAUCCAACCAGCUGAUGCUGAUCCCAGUUCAACACAUCAGAUUCAAAUGCUCCAACCAGUUGAUGCUGAUCCCAGUUCAACACAUCAGAUUCAAAUGCUCGAACCAGCUGAUGAUGAUCCCAAUUCAACACAUCAGAUUCAAAUGCUCCAACCAGCUGAUGCUGAUCCCAACUCAACACAUCAGAUUCAAAUGCUCCAACCAGCUGAUGCUGCUCCCAAUAAUGCGCCAAUAAUGUGUCCUAAUGGAAUUUCAAAUGGGUACUCAAAUGGAUGCAUCAGCCUCUCGAAUGGGCGAAUAAUGCAUCCUAAUGUAAUUUCAAAUGAGCCGACCAAUAAUUAUCCUAAUAGACUAUCAAAUUCUCAGCAAGAAAGUUCAAUUAUUUACUUCCCAACGUUUCUAAAAUAG